UGAACGCACGUAUACUCCGUUCUCCACCAACUACGCGACAUCUUAAACUUACAGUUUAAAAUUUAUUUCAAGUUUUUACAGCGAAUUACAUAGUUAUUUAAACUUCUUAAAAAUUGUCAUUUUUUUAACAAUAAAAAACGUAACUUUUAUUAUUUUAUUUUUCUGAACUUUAGUAAAAGUGAUAGUUUGAGUGUGUUUAUUUAAUUUAUGAAAAUAUUGGAAGUUAAAUGAAUUGGCAACGAAAUUUUAAAUAAGCGAUAAGAAUUGCAUCGUGCAGCUUCAGAAAGAUGCUGUACGAGGAAGAAGCGGUAUCGAGUAGAAGAAAGUCUAUAGUAUAGUUAGCAUGCUCUUCACCGACAAUGAUAUAUUCAACGACGCGGUGUCGCUUUCCGCGGACCAAUAUGACUCAAUCGCUGCUAUGAAUUUCAACGGUACUUUAGCAUCCUAUUUGGGAGGACGAGUACUGAUUUUGAAGACAUUCACUGGAGAAUCAGUUGAAGUAAUCGAUGAACCGAAAUCGAAUAAAACGAUCGAUAUAAUCGAUGUUAAAUUUGUACAAGUCGCUUUCUGUAUUCUUUACACUGUUAUUUUCGUACUUGGAGUUUUUGGUAACGUUCUAGUUUGCUAUGUCGUCUUCAGGAACAGGGCUAUGCAAACCGUGACUAACCUUUUCAUCACUAAUUUGGCAUUAUCUGAUAUAUUACUAUGUGUGUUCGCAGUCCCUCUUACACCAAUGUACACAUUCAUUGGACAAUGGGUGUUCGGCAGACUCCUUUGUCAUCUAAUGCCCUACGCUCAAGGCACCAGUGUUUAUAUAUCAAGUCUAACCCUAACUUCUAUAGCCAUAGAUAGAUUUUUCGUAAUCAUCUACCCUUUCCAUCCUCGGAUGAAACUCAAUACUUGUAUCUAUAUAAUCGUAUUCAUUUGGUUAUUCUCUCUGAUCGUUACGUGUCCGUACGGCCUCUUCAUGGGCAUUCAAAUUAUAUAUAACAAAACAUACUGCGAGGAAAGUUGGCCAUCAGAUAAAUCUAGGAAAAUAUUUGGCGUUUUCACAACUGUACUGCAGUUUCUAAUACCUUUCUUAGUAAUAGCUGUCUGCUAUACCUGUGUUAGUAUAAGACUUAAUGAUAGAGCACGGUCUAAGCCCGGUGCAAAGAAUACUAGAAGAGAGGAAGCGGAUAGAGAUAGAAAGAGACGAACGAAUAAGAUGCUGAUCUCUAUGGUAGCAAUAUUCGGAAUAUCUUGGUUGCCAUUAAAUAUUAUAAACAUAUUCAACGAUUUCUGCGCACAAAUGAACGAAUGGAAUUAUUACUUUUUAUCAUUCUUCUUGGCACAUUCCAUGGCGAUGGCGUCGACUUGCUACAAUCCAUUCCUUUACGCGUGGUUGAACGAGAACUUUAGAAAGGAGUUCAAGCAAGUUUUGCCGUUCUUCGAAUCGACGGGAGGCGUUAGGAAUAGCUAUCAUUCCGGUCGAAUGCCCACAAACAAAUCCGACAGGGUGUGUAACGGCAAUGAAACAAUCCAGGAGACUUUAUUGGGCUCGUCUUUCAACAGAGGGCCGUCGUUCAAACAGAAAAUACUCGAGGGCAAUGGAAAGAAGGACAGCGGUGUUGAAAUUGAAAAUAUAAUUUUAGAAGAUAAAACAGUUUCCGCUUCCUUCAAUUCAAGGAGUGAGAAUGUUAAUUUACAACUAAUAGAUGAAGAAUCAAGAUUUACAGAAUUGAGUACGAAACAGGAGAUAUAAAUAAAACUUCUAUCAACCUCUCAAAUUUGAAGACGCCGGGAUAAUUAGAUGAAUAUGUAACAAACACUACAGAAAUCAUUAAUUAAGGCUUCCUCUGACACGUAGCACAUGUAAAUAGAUAAAUAAAUAAAAU